AUGAAGCUGCGCCCUGAAGAGAUUUUCUUCUCGCAUGACUCCAUCAGCUGCCGCUUUUCAUGUGGCCGCUUCAUUGAAGACACGUACCAGCAACUUCGAGAUGGGGACAUCCACGUUUCCAUCAUCCCUAGGAUGACCGUCUGUGAGGUUGAUGGCGAGUGGUUUGCUUUCAAUGGCAACCGCCGUCUAUGGGUCUUCAAGAAGCUGGCCUUAGAAGGGAUUCUUCAGGAGGUCCAGGUUUAUGUCACAGACAGGUCAAUACCAAGGAGACGCUUCACUACCGACACUGAAGGAAGAAGGAUUGAAGUAAGGCACCGAAGCGAUUUGGACUUCCCGCCACCUGGGCCUCGGAUAUGCGCAAGAUUCCAAAACGAGGCCACCCAACAGUCUUUCAUGGAUUCGGCGACUGCAGGGGCCAUCAGUUCGGUGGCCCUUUCGUACGAAGGGUCUGGAUAUUUUCUUUGCAAAACGGGUGGAGGUUGGAAAUAUCGUGGAAUGUCGACAGAAGUCGGCACUGCGGUUUCAGAGAAGAAGGACUCUACUGCACCUACAUGCGUGGCUUUGGGAGAUGACGAUCGCUUUUUUGUGAAGUUAGACGAUGGGUCCAUGACUUGGAAAGCUUGCCAAGCGUUCUCCAAAGCUGUCAAGAAAGCUUCGAAGGAAAGAUUGACUGUUGAAGCGGUCGCAUUUGCGCCUCAUGGAGGCUGGUGGAUGCGCACCUCUGAUGGAGCAUCUCAGUGGGACGAUCUGCCUGAAACUUUGCAAGAGAGAUUGCAGGAAGAGGACGGAAGCGCUAUGUAUGUCUCCGUGAGCAAGGCAGGUGACGCGUGGUUUGUAGAAUUUCCUGGGUACAGAACUUGGCAGGGUGUGGAUGACAGUUGCACAAAGGCAAUAGACGAGCACGGUCGGCGCAUUUCUCGAAUUGUCUUUGGUGACUGUGACUUCGGCGGAUGUGAUGACAUAGUUCUCGAAUUUUAUUGA